AGGACAAGACCGGCAAAGAAAUGCGGAAAAAACACAGAUGUCAGCAAUGCCAGAAGGCUUUCCACAACCUGAAGCAACUAAAGAGUCAUCAAAAAAGUCACACUGAAGAAAGACUGUACAGCUGUGAUCAGUGUGAGAAAACAUACAAAACAGUACGCACGCUAAAUGUUCAUAAGAAAACGCACAGUGGAGAAAAACCACAUAUGUGUCAGGAGUGCGGCAGUGAAUUUAUCUCAUUGAGAAACUUAUCGACUCACAUUCAAUGGUAUCACACUGGAGAGAGACCGCACCAUUGUCAGCAAUGUGACAAAGGGUUUGUGACCCAAGGAGAAUUAAAGAAUCAUCAGAGGGUUCACACAGGAGAAAAGCCCUACAGCUGCAGUGAGUGCGGGAAAAGUUUUUCAUGGCUUUCGAGUCUUGUCUAUCACCAGCGCAUCCGCACUGGGGUGAAACCGUUCACCUGUGUGGAGUGUGGAAGGAGUUUCACUCUACUAUAUAAUUUAAAGGUCCACAAGAACAUCCACACAAAAGAAAUGAUUUUCUCCUGUGAGCAGUGCGGUAAAGAUUUCUCUUCAUCAUCUAACCUUAGAAGGCAUGUUGUUAUGCAUACCGGGGAGAAAUCACACAGAUGUGACCAGUGUGGGAGAAGAUUCAGCUUGAGGCAACACCUGAGACGCCACACACGUAUUCACACUGGAGAAAAACCAUACAAGUGCAGACACUGCGACAAGACUUUUAGUUCACAGGGUAACCGCACAGCACAUGAACGCAUCCACACUGGAACGAAACCGUACAGCUGUGGGGAGUGUGGGAAGAGUUUCACUCAAAUAGAUACUUUAAAGGUGCACAGGAACCGCCACACAAAAGAAAUGCUUUUCUCCUGCGAGCAGUGCGGGAAGGUCUUCACUUCUCGUGGCGCAUUUAAUUAUCAUAAAAGGAUCCACCGAAAGAAACAGCAAUAAUGUGAACUUUGCGGAAAAAGAUUUGAAGGAAUACAAAGUCACUGCUGUACUCUCACUGAAAAUACAACCUGAAAGUGUAAAAACGCUGUAAACAAACCUUCAUUAUGCAGUUGUUAUGUCAACAUACUUCGUCUUUCCUGUUUGCUUGUU